AACGGCGAAAGCGUCGCUCACGCGAGGUAGGAACUGAGCGCGAGCAGCCGCGGAAGAUUUAGAGCCAUAAAGGAUCGCGAUGAUAAACCCUAAUUUCUCGCACUUUCUAAAUCCUUCGAUAUUAAUGAACAUCCAUGUGAGGCGUUCAGAAUAACAGUGACAUACCAACUGAGAUAUCCAGCUAAACACCUUUCUUCUGUAAGGCUCGGAAAGACCCUGAAAGAGGACGGAGUCAGAAGAUGGCUUACACCGUGGAGAGAUGAGUAAGGCUACCUGAAUGAUUUGUUUUUCCACCCAUGAGGUUGGAGUGCAUUAAAACGCACCUGUUCAGGUGAUCGGCCGGCCCUACAAGCAUGGGGAAACUACAGAGCAAGUUCCGCCGGCGCUCUGACCUGUACAGGGCUAAAGAGGGGGCAGAGCUUGUACCUAUGCCCCAGGUAGUACAGUAUGAACCUGCCCACACAGAUGCUAUCAACUGUGUGACCAGCCUGACCUCUGACCUGUGUGUGUCAGGGGGGCAUGACCAGGCUGUUGUUGUGUAUGACUGGAGAGCUGGUAAAAUGUGUAAAUCGUUCCAGGGCCACAACAGAGAAGUUACUAAGUUGUGUUGUUUUACAGGAAAUAACUGGAUCUUCAGUGCGUCUCGUGAUAAGACAGUACUUAUGUGGGAUCUGGGUCAAAACAAAGAACCCGUCCAGGAUUUCUGUGGCCAUGAGCUUGUAGUUAACGGUGUAGCAGUAAGUCCAGAUGAGUCAAAGCUGUGCACAGGCUCUCGGGAUAACUCCAUGUGUCUCUGGGACAUUGAGUCAGGAAAAUGUCUACAGAGAAACACCGUCUCACGUAACCUGGUAACCCAUGUGUGCUGGGUACCAGGAAGUACGUCUAUUGUCCAAACCUCAGAAGACAAAACCAUCAGGGUGUGGGAUAGUCGUACAUGGCAGGUCACUAAUACAUUUCCAGCAAAGCAGUAUAUUCAGACUCACUGUGACAUCAGUCCAAACUGUUACCACCUGCUGUCGUCCAGCAACGGCUUCGGCGGGCAGGGCUGUGAAGCUACGUUGUGGGACCUCAGGCAGCCUGGCUGUAAGGUGACUGAAUACAGAGGGCACAUGCAGACGACAGCAUGCUGUGUGUUUGUGCCUCCUCGCCCCGGGUGUCCUGCCCUAGUCGCUUCAUCAUCAUAUGACAGCUCAGUAAAAAUAUGGGACCAGAACACUGCAGCAUGUUUGUGCACAUUAAUGUUGGAUGGUUCGGGGCCUUUGGUGUCUUUGGCUCCGUGUGACUCCAAUAGUCUUCUGUGUGCCAGUUUUAACACUGGACUCCACCAGCUUUAUCUAGAUCAGGGAGCAGCGGUCAGCCUCAGUGAAGUGGCUCGCUUUUGACCUGCUGGACCAUCUGCAAAAACAAAGUGAACAGUUAAAGUAACAGCUUUAAGACCUGGAACUCCAAAGAUUGAGAAAUGAGAAUGUACACUGCAUGGCCAAAAGUAUGUGGACACUUCCUAAUUAACAGUUUUGGCUAUUUCAGCUACAGCCACUACUAGAGGCAGACCGAUAUGUCGGUUUUACUGAUUCAUUUAAGAACUAUUGGCCAAUUAAUUGGAUAUCUGUAUUUUCCACCACCUUUGUUUAAUGGCAAAUUCCAUUAUUGGUCGACAUUUACCCAUUAUUACUAAAAGGUGCAUAAAAUAAAAUUUAAAGUUACUUUUACACUUUCAUUUGCCCAUGUAGUGUAAGAUCACCUGACAAGAUGAAACAAUAAAUGGGUGUAAAUGCACCAACCAAAUGGUACAAAGGAGAAUGCUAGGUAAACUGCUAAACUAAAUCAAAGAGACUAGAUUUCCACUUAGAUUUACUGGCCAUUGCUUUAGUUGCCCAAGCAUAGACAAGGUAGGUCAAAUAAUAAUCUUGAGUUAAGAUUAGGUGCUGUUCAUUUUGUUUUUGUUUUUAUAGUUUUGUGUUAAUGUCAGAACAAAUAUAGGCAAUACAAUUCCAGCCCAAACAUUAAAUUUGCACUUGGUAUGACUAACAGUUUAAAAACAAUUCUCUGACAAAAUUAUUCAUGAAGGACUUGACAUUUCUCUCUGGCUCUCUCAUUUUCCCACUCUUUUACUCUCCUACUUCAAACCUCAAAAAAGCAUUUGGACACGUUCUUCACACUUAAAGGGAUAGUUCACAUAAAAAUGGAAAUUCUCUCAUCAUUUACUCGCCCUCAUGCCAUCCCAGAUGUGUAAACACAACUUUCUUCUGCAGAACACAAACAAAGAUUUCAAGAAGAAUAUUUCAGCUAUGUAGGUCCAUACUAUGUAGAGGACUGCACAGGCCUUAAAAUUAAACCCGACCCAUAUCUGACCAUGUGCCCUGAACCUGCAUGGCCCUAACAAUACUGUCAGAUUUUAAGCCCGAACCCAAAAUCGCUCAAAGUCUUUAUAAUUUCUUCUCAAGCAAGAACUGUUGCAAUAGGCUGUAUUUUAUAUAAGCAUAUAGGUAACAUUCAUUAAAGUAUUUAAACAGUAAUCAUACAGUUUUAACAAUUCACGGCAACCCCUCAGUACAUUAAAGCAGAAGGGAAAAACAUUGCCUUACCGUUUUUGCGCUGAAACUUCAUUUGGUGCAGAGCAAUCUGGAAUAAUAUGAAAAUGCAACAGACCCCUCUAUGCAGCCUGAACUUGUUUAGAAUGUUAAAUCUUUGUUGCACCUUCACUAAAAAAUUAGACAUGCAGCACAACAAAGAGCGCAGGUGUCUCUCGACAUGCGUUUUUGAACAUGUUAAGGUCUUUUUAACUUGACACAGUGUUUAAAUAUGCCGGUUCUGCGUGAAACGCUGAAGAAACAGUGAGACACUGUGUCAAAGAAAUUUGUUCAGCAUGUGUUUACAUAGGAAAACAGAGCAGAUGCACACAAAAACACGUUUGGUGUAAACGGCUCCUAACUUGACCAUUCAGUAGGCCAGUUUAUUUUCUCAUUAAUUACAAUCCCGACCCAAACCCGAAGUCAUACUUGGAAAAACUGACCCGAACACAACCCGAAACCCUUUGGGUUCUUGGGUCCCGUUGAGCGCGGGUCGGUUGCAGACCUCUCAUACAAUGCACGUGAAUGGUGGCCAAAAUUUUGAAGGUC